UGGUGUGUUUUGAGAAGCUCAAGGGAGUACAUUAGAAAAAUCACUGGGAGAGCAAACAGGACAGUAAAGGUAGAACAAUUUUGGUAAUCUUUCUUGUCUGUUGUCCCACAAAAAGUCAUUUCUCGGGACAACUCGACUCAGGCAGAGCAGCAUGAAGCGUGGGAUAGACCUCGUUUCAUCUGUCACCAUGAAAUGUUCUGUCAGCUUGAGACGGCUUGCAAGAGAGGAGCUGGAGAUGAGCUUGAGCUGGAAAGAAAUGGUAACUGUGGAUACCGAGUCCCCUGUGACGCUGGUUAAAAAUGGGUCGCACGUGAGCACUCCCUCUGCCAGCCCACAAAAUGCAGAGAAGGCGCAGCAAUGCCAGGACAAGGACCUGGCCCCUGUAGCAGAGAAAGCAGUUUGCACCAGGGGAGCACGGCGCCGCGUGGCGCGGACCUGCAGCGAGAAUGGGGCUCAUGGAUUUGUGCUGGAUGAGCUGGUUUGGGCUAAAGACAAGGACGUCUCCUGGUGGCCUGCACUGGUAGUGCAAUGGACGGACGGGAAUGCCCCGGCCCACAUGAGGAGGGUGGAGCGGCUUGGAGAUGACACCUUCUCAGAGAUCCACACCGACGGACUGCUACCAUUUUCUGACUUUGCCAAGUGCUUCUGCUUCGUGUCCUACGCUGGCUUGUCUAAGUACCAGACUGCCAUCUAUCAGGCUCUGGAGCUGGCGGGCGAGCGGUGUAAGAAGUCGUUCUCGUCUGCGUCGGGCAGUAAGGAGGAGGGCAUGAGGAGCAUGCUGGCGUGGGCCUUCGGAGGCUUCCAGCCCACUGGACCUGCUGGAUUCAUGACCAUCCCAGACGACGAGGAAACUGCUGAGGUAGAUUCAGAAAGUGACUCCCCUGCAGAGGUGGACUGUGAUUCAGACUCCUCUGAGUCUGAUUUUGAGCCCCCCUCCAAGAGAAGGAAACGGUCCACCCAGAGAACCAUAACCACGAAGCCACAGAACCUAGAGGUGGACUUAGAUUCAGACUCCUCUGAGACUGAUUUUGAGCCCCCCUCCAAGAGAAGGAAACAACCCACCCAGACAACCAUAACCACGCAGCCAAAGAACCGAGGACACAUCCUUGCAGAGCUCGCUGAAAGAAGCAUUGAAAGUUUCUGCAUAUCCUGUGGAUCCUAUGAGCCUGAGGUUGAGCAUCCACUAUUUGAAGGAGGUCUUUGUGAGAGGUGCAAGACAAACUUCGCAGAGACCCUGUACACAUUUGACGAGGACGGCUCCCAGUCCUACUGCACAGUGUGCUGCUGGGGCCAUGAGGUCGUGUUGUGUAGCAAUGCCAGCUGCACCAGGUCUUUCUGCAAGGACUGCCUGGAGUUCCUGGUGGGCGAGGGCACGUUUGAGCGCAUGAAGGAGGUGGAGCCGUGGAGCUGCUACAUGUGUGAGCCGGUGGAGGAGAGCGGGGCGCUGCGUCUGCGGCCAGACUGGAGCACGCGAGUGCAGCACUUCUUCGCAAACAGCAGCGGACUCCACUUUGACCCACACAGAGUCUAUCCUGCCAUCCCCGCCCCACAGCAACGACCAAUCAGAGUCCUUUCUCUCUUCGAUGGCAUUGCCACAGGCUACUUAGUGCUGAAGGAGCUGGGCUUUCAGAUUGAGCUGUAUGUUGCUGCAGAGAUCUGCAGAGAUUCUGUGGCGGUGGGAGCCAUUCAGCACGAGAGACAGAUCAAGUACAUCAGGGAUGUACGCAGUAUCACACGAAAGCAUUUGGCUGAAUGGGGUCAGUUUGACCUUCUGAUUGGCGGAAGCCCAUGUAACGAUCUGUGCACGGUCAACCCUCACCGAAAAGGACUCUUUGAGGGCACCGGGAGGCUUUUCUUUGAGUACUACCGCAUGCUGACCAUGCUGAUGCCCAGGGAGGACGAAGACCGGCCCUUCUUCUUCCUCUUCGAGAACGUGGUGCGCAUGAGCAACAAUGACAAAAGUGACAUCAGCCGCUUCCUGGAGUGUAACCCGGUCAUGCUUGACGCCGUCUCUGUCUCCCCAGCCCACAGAGCUCGAUACUUCUGGGGAAACCUGCCUGGCAUGAACAGGCGACUGGUUCCAACCCAUAACGACCGUGUGAAUCUUCAGGACUGCCUUGAGCCUGGACGAACGGCCAAGUGCGCCAAGCUAAAGACCAUCACUACAAGGUUCCCUAUAAGGGGAAAGACAGCGGGGAUGACGCCAGUCAUCAUGGACGGAGAGGACGACUGCCUCUGGUCCACUGAACUGGAGAGGGUGUUUGGAUUUCCAAAACAUUACACGGACGUGGCCAACAUGAAUCGUGCGCAACGCCAGGAGAUCCUGGGAAAAUCGUGGAGUGUCCCUGUGAUCCGCCAUCUUCUCUCGCCCCUCAAAGACUACUUCCUGUGCAACUAAUAGCACUAAAAUAAGAACUCAGCCUUCCUUUUGAAGGUCUCCACAAGCCAGAAGACACCACACACACACAAGCAAGGAAACUAACAGACUCAUGGACCACAGCUUCUGCCCUGCCAACAUUGCAGGAGCUGCCGCUCAGGAAGUGGAUAUUUUCCUCAACUGGCACUUGCUGAGAGAGUUUUUACGACUUUCAAAUCUUGAAUAAGUUUUUUAUUAUUUUAUUUUUAAAUAAAGUUUUACCUGGGUGACAGUAAGACAAGACAGUUUAACAAAGUUCUAUCAGACAGCUUUCUUGGCGGAGGUCUGCAUUCUCAGAGUGCAUUUCUAGUUGUUAUUGCUGUUUGUGUAUUGUUUUGAAAGCCAUUCUAGGGAUGGUCAUUGGAAAUUAGCUUUUUGCUAUAGGCUACGAUGCUUGCUGUUUGGCUGUCAUGCAACCUACAUUCUAUGUAUCUGUCCCUACCAAAUAAGCUAAACUAAACUUUAUCUGUUACUUAAUGCAGUUGUUCUUAACCUGGGGUGCGGGCACCCCCUGGGGGUGCGCCAGAGAUUUCAGUGGGUGCGCGGAAUUUUGUUUGUAUUGAGGUUGUGACCAAAAUUCGCUAGCAAACACUAUAAUUCGGCCAAAUCAAAACCAUAUUAAAACGCGUUUUGGUCGCCAUGAAAAGUCAUUGAGGUAUUGAUUAAUGUCUCGAGCAAGAAUCAUUGUAAUUUAUCACUUGAAUCCUUUUUUAGCGAGUAGAUAUGUGUAGAAGUUUGGGUUGGGGGUGCGCGGCUUGUCUUGGGCACAGGUAAGGGGGUGCGUUAAGGAAAAAAGGUUAAGAACCGCUGACUUAAUGUACCGUAGUUGAGUCUUUUUAGCAAUGAAUGAACGGGUCCGCCGGCGGGUCCAUCUGUGCAACGAGGCUACAGGGACCUCUUAUCAUGGGAAUAUUCUACCUCUUCCACUAGUCCAGUUCUAAGAACAUCUCUCUUGCUAUUAGAAAUUCUGUAAUUAUGUCCCAAUGUUUGUUGUUGAUAAUUUAUUUAAAUAGUGUUUUUGUAAAGACCUUUUGAACUGCUGUGAAAUGAUAGUUUUAAGUCCCUUAAGCCAUGUUUACAUUGGGUUUUUUUGAGCGCCUUGAAUGGUUUACAACUGUAACUUACGACUAUUCUACCAUGUUUAUUAAAAAAAAGGCUGGUGCUUCAACUUCAA